UUGUUUUUGUUCCCUGGUCUUAUCUCUUUUGCUCCUCAAGGCAUUUGCGGUUCCUUUUUUUGUUCAAGUUCGAUGGAUGUAAAGAAGCACGGUUUGUCAGACCAAUUGUCCCCGAGGGGAAAGGCGGGUUCGCGGCUCGUCUGGGGGUCGGUGGCGUCUCUUAUAGUACUCACCGGUCUCUUGCUUAACAGCUCCCUUAAAGGUUCUGUCUUGUCUUACAGUGUCACCACCGGUGCCGCCGCCGUUUCUCUUCGUUCCUCGGUUGCUAAUGUGACCAAGGAACCGCGGCCGAGGCCCGUUGAUACCGAGAAAAGGCUCGACAAUGCGUCGGAAGUUGCAGAAAAGCAAGACGUUUUGGAGGAGAUUGAGGGAGAUUGGGUUGAUUUAGAGGAUGGUGUGGAUAUUAACAUGGAUGGAAACUUUGUUGUUGAAGAUGCAAAUGGUUUAGUUUUCCAAGAAAAUAGUAACCUUUUAGGCUCAAAUGGAGAUGAAACUGUAAAAAAUGUAACUUUGGUUGGUGAAAAUGUGAAUGCAACCAAUGUUACUGAAGGGGAAUUCGUUGGUAACGUGAUUGCAGAUAACAAUCAUCAAGGGGAAAUUCCUGUGCUACCAGUUGAAGAUAAGGCUAUGGAAUUGGAUGGUUCAUUUGAGACUUGUGAUCUGUUUGAUGGUAGAUGGGUGUGGAAUGGUCGUUCGAAGCCGUAUUAUCGGCCGGGUUCGUGUCCUUAUAUCGAUAAAGACUUCGACUGUCAGCGCAAUGGGAGGCCUGAUAAUGGCUACAUCAAAUGGAAAUGGCAGCCAAAUAGAUGUGAAUUACCAAGGCUGAAUGCAACUGAUUUUCUGGAGAGACUGAGAGGGAAAAGGCUCGUUUACAUCGGCGAUUCGUUGAACCGGAACAUGUGGGAAUCCAUGGUGUGUAUUCUCCGGCGUAGCGUCAAGAAAAAGAAGAGAGUUUACGAAAUUUCCGGUAGGAGUGACUUUAAGAAGAAGGGGAUUUAUGCAUUCAGGUUUGAGGAUUAUAAUUGCUCUGUGGACUUUGUUGCCGCCCCGUUUCUCGUCAAAGAAUCGUCUUUCAAGCGCAAAAACGGAUCGAUCGAGACACUAAGGUUGGAUCUCAUGGAUCCAGCAACUUCAAUGUAUCAUGAUGCGGAUUUGAUGGUGUUCAAUACAGGUCAUUGGUGGACUCAUGAGAAAACUUCCAAAGGGGAAGACUAUUACCAAGAGGGUGACUAUGUUUACCCGCGGCUCAAAGUCCUGAAAGCUUAUCAGAAGGCACUAGCAACCUGGUCGAGAUGGGUAGACAAGAAUGUCGAUAUCAGUCGAACUCAGGUGUUCUUCAGGGGAUAUUCCGUUACCCAUUUCUGGGGAGGCCAAUGGAACUCUGGAGGACAAUGUCACCAGGAAACCGAGCCGAUAACCAACGAAACACACUUGACCAAGUACCCUUCCAAAAUGAGAGCCGUGGAACAUGUUCUUCAAACAACCAAAAUUCCGGUUAUAUAUCUGAACAUAAGCAGGCUUACGGAUUACCGGAAAGACGCGCAUCCUUCUAUCUAUAGAAGAGAAUACAAGACCGAAGAAGAACGGAAUCGAGCGGUCGGAGCUCAAGAUUGCAGUCAUUGGUGUUUGCCUGGAGUACCGGAUACCUGGAACGAGCUGCUGUAUGCUUCAUUGCUGAAGGCUGGAAAAGGUAUUUGGAAAAGGUAAACAAGAAUGAUAUAUGUAACUACAAAGCUGCAAUGCUGUGUUAUAGUUUUCAAAGACCCGUUUGUUGGAUAAUAUUA